UCAUCACCGCCGCUAAUCUCCCUCUGACCGCCGCCUGUCAUCACCCACUCCCCGCCACCACCGACCGGCUCUCAGCACCCGCCUCCGAGGAUGAGCCGUCGCUAAUAAAAGAGGGAGGCAGGACACCCGAGGGACCCGAGCGGAGAUUAGACGUUGGCUUCGCAGCUUUUACGCGCACGUUUACUCGGGAGUUGCGAUGGUCCAGUCACGGGAUGUUCUUUUAGCCUUGCUUCUCUGGGGCAGCACAGUGUCACUGGAAGUGCAGAUCACACCAAGUCAGGGUGAGAUCAGCCUGGGGGAGUCCAAAUUCUUCAUGUGUGAGGCUGAAGGUGUUGCCAAGCACAUAGACUGGUUUGGACCGAACGGGGACAGGAUAGAACCGAACAGACCAGACAUAACGGUGACCCGUAACGAUGAGUCAUCCUCCACCCUCACACUGUAUAAAGCUGGGACUGAGAAUGCGGGGACAUACAAGUGUGUCGCUACCAAUGGAGACCAGCAAGGGGAGUCAACCGUUAAAGUGAAAAUCUUUCAAAAAAUCACCUUCACGAAUGUUCCCUCACCCCAAGAGUUUACUGAAAGAGACAAUGCCGACAUCGUUUGUGACGUGGUCAGUUCCCCUCCUCCCACUGUCAUCUGGAGAUAUAAAGGAUCAAGAAUACAGAUGGAGAAAGAUGUUCGGUUUAAGGUGCUGAGCAACCAUCACCUUCAGAUCCGUGGCAUAAAGAAGACGGAUGAGGGCUCAUACACCUGUGAGGGUCGCCUCAUGGCCCGCGGCGAGAUUGAUCUGCGGGUCAUCAAGGUCGUGGUGAACGUGCUCCCGACCAUCAGGGUAUGGCAGUCAGAGGUGAAUGCCACAGCAGAUGUCGCGCAGCCUGCCAUGUUGACUUGUGCUGCCGAUGGCUUUCCUGAACCCAUGGUGACAUGGACAAGGGGUGACGGGGUUCUCGACGCAGGAGAGAAGUAUAGCUUUAAUGAAGAUGGCUCUGAAAUUACAAUAAUGGAUGUUACCAAGCUGGAUGAAGGAGACUACACAUGCAUUGCCAAGAACAAGGCUGGGGAAACUGCGCAGGAGCUCAGUCUCAAAGUGUUUGUCAAACCCAGGAUCACAUUCAUCGUGAACCAGAGCACGUCAGAGAUGGAGGAGCAGGUAACUUUGACUUGUGAGGCUUCAGGUGAUCCAACUCCCACCAUCAACUGGAGCUACGGCGAGCGCGACUUCACCGAAGGAGAACAGGCAUCAUGGACUCGGCCUGAGCAUCACAAGAGUCUGGAUGGGAACGUGGUGGUGAGGAGUGACGCCCGUGUGUCCUCCCUCACUCUGAAGUACGUUAAGUAUACAGAUGCCGGCUCGUACCUCUGCACAGCAACCAGUGCCAUUGGAGAGGACAGUCAGUCGGCAUACCUGGAGGUCCGCUAUGCCCCUAAAAUACUUGGUGAAGUAGCAGUGUAUACCUGGGAGGGGAAUGCAGUGAAUAUCAGCUGUGAAGUCAAAGCUCAUCCCAGUGAUGCGUCCAUCGUUUGGCUGAGAGACCGACUGCAGCUGCCCAACUCCAACACCACCAACAUUAAGAUCUUCAGGACUCCAUCAGUCAGCUUCCUGCAGAUAACCCCCGAGUCUGAAAAUGACUUUGGGAGCUAUAACUGCUCCGCCUCUAAUGAGAUGGGCACAGAGUCCAAGGAGUUCCUGCUCAUUCAGGCCGAGGUGCCGUCGGCUCCGUCCGUCAGUGAGGUGAGGCCCUUCUCCACCUCAGCACAGAUCCAGUUUGCGGAGCCCGAUUCCACCGGAGGAGUUUCUGUCCUGAAGUACAAAGCUGAGUGGAGGACGCAGGGCCGGGGCAGCUGGGCUCAGGGGGUCUACUUGGUUGAAGAUGGCUCCAUCAGUGAGGUGACCAUCACCGGCCUGAAACCAGAGAGCAACUACGAAAUGAGGUUGUCUGCCAUCAACGGAAAGGGUGAAGGUGAAAGCAGCCCGGCCGAGUUCUUCAAGACGGAGCCUGUCCGGAAACCCAACCCUCCUAAGCUUGAGGGGGCUCUUCAACCUAAAGGUAACUCGCUCAGAGUCGGCUGGAUCAAGCAAGACGACGGCGGCUCACCCAUCUUACAUUAUCUCAUCCGCUACAAACCAAUACAAGCGUCAGAGUGGAAACCAGAAAUCCGAUUACCGAGCGGCAGUGACUACGUGGUCCUCAGCAGCCUGGAGUGGGACACGGAGUACAAUGUGUACGUGGUGGCAGAGAAUCAGAAGGGCAAGUCCCAGGCAGCGAGCAUGUCCUUCAGGACGUCCACGCAGCCAGAAGCCAUCCCAGAUAUGGGUGAGGAGGCAGCGCUCUCCAUGGGCAUCAUGAUCUGGGCAGGGAUCCUUGUUGUGGUGUUUCUGCUGCUGCUGCUGGCGGUGGACGUCACCUGCUACUUUGUCAACAAAUGUGGCCUCAUCAUGUGCCUCUGCGGCAAAUCUGGCACCGGGACCAAAGGACACAACCUGGAGGAGGGCAAGGCAGCGUUCGUGAAAGAUGAGUCCAAAGAGCCGAUAGUGGAAGUCCGGACAGAGGACGAGUGCACAGCCAAUCACAACGCAGCGGGACCCACAGAACCCAAUGAAACGACACCUCUCACAGAGCCAGAGCUGGCGGCUUUCACUGCUGCUCUGGCACUGGAAACCCUCUCGUCCGUAGCCACCAACUCUGACACAGCCACUGCAACAAUUGACCCUGCUCAGGACAGCCCCUCUAGCGAGUCCACUACCCUCACUUUUAGCCUGUCCACCCCGGCCAACGACCCCUCACCCACCCCCAUCAGGGCCCCGGCCCCGACUCCAGAGUCAAAUGCGUCCCCGCUGGCCCCUAUACACUUCACGGCUGCCAUUGAGGCUAAAAUGGCUCCGUUGGUAGAACAAAGAGGAAGUUACGCCCCGGAAGAACAGGAGAAAAUACCCACCCCUCCUUGUAGCCCUGAAACGCCUAAACCUCAAAAAUCUGGGACACCCAUUCCACCGAAACGUAGACACUCUCCCAAACUUGCCGCACUGAAUGCUAAACGUAGCCCCCCUGUAUCUCCACUCGCCACGUCCUCCCCGGCCUCCUCCCCGGCCUCCUCUCCCGCUCCCGACACCAAGAAAAAGGCUCCGAGCCCACCGGUCGCCAAGCCCCUGACGAAACAAGACCCAGUAGCCUUAGACACCGAGACUCCAGCGCAAACUGCCUCCGCCCGAGCAAACACUGCCCCUCCAAACCCAGACACCGAUUCAAACGCCACUGCCCCAGAUGCCAGUGGGCGUAGCCUUACUGCCUCCGACACCAACAACCCCUCCGACCAAACUGUUGACAGCAACACACCCACUGCCAAAGAUGCUGCUACCAGCUCUCCCUCAGUGAGCCACCCUGCUCCUAAUGCUGAAGAAUCUGCUCCUCUAGUUGCAGAAGUCCCCUCUCCUCUUCCUGUUACUACCAUUCCUACCCCUGCCCCCCCUAGUCCCCAGGUGCUGGUCUCCAAUGAUCUCCACCCAGCGCCCUCAGACAUGUACGACUUACUAACCCCCGACGUGGGGCCCAGAUUUAGUGCAGAUUUCGACUUAGAGCUGACUAAUGGGACAGAGAGAAGCUUCCUCCCCCCCGCAGACCUUAUUAGCUUAGAGAGCCCGCCCUCUGCCCCCUCUCUGCCCAAUGGAGACGGCGCAGACCUCCCCCCCUCAGGCCCAGUUCUGGACGCAUCAGAGACUCUGGCCAAGACUGCUCCUGUCAACGAUGAGAAGCUUUUUUCCGACGAGAAAGUCAAAAUGGAGGAGGCAGGAUUUUCAAACGCCCUGACAGAGAUCGCUGCAGAACACAACAGUGUCAUGCAGACAAAAGCCACCGAGAGCAAAGCAUGAUGGGCCGGGGGAACAACCCCAGCCCGGUUCCAAAACAUUCUGUGGGGCAGCAGCAGCGACGAGCGAGAACCACUGCAGGAGUUUUGAUUUCCAGUGCCCUUAACUACAUAUUCAAAAACACACAUGUCGAUCGGUUAGAGUGCACUUUGACUGUGCUUUUAUUUCUGAAAUGUUUACGACACCGAAGGAGUUUUAUCUUUAGUUCAUAAGAGAUUUAUUUUAUUUUUUUAUUCUUAUUCUAUUUAACCAGUCCGGAUUGAAGGAUGAACAAUCUCUUAUUUUAAUGAUCGCCUGGUAAAUAUAUGAAAUUUGACUCAACUUUCUAUCGUGCUUACAGUUUAAAUCGUCAUUACACACAAGCAUCUGAUUAUUAUGGAGAAAUGUAAAAAAAAAAGAAAAAGAAAAAAAGACUAUUAUGUAUAGAAAUUAUUUUUCUUAUUUUAAUGUUCUACUGCUCAAAUGUAAAACUGUUGCAUUUUCAUUUAUGUUUGACUUUUAAUUUGAGGGCUAGUCUCGUGAAUUUCUUGUUCUGCAUGUCUGAAGUGGUUGUAAAAGUUGUUUUGUUUACAAGGUUUAUUGUUUCACUCUGUGUGAUACAGGAUGUUUCAUCUCCAGAAACACUGGCAUCAAUCAAACAUAGGCCCGAGUUCAACGAUUGGAUUAAAACCAUAUUAGCUACGGUGAAAAUUCAAGAUUAACCCAGAGCCGGCUGCGGGG